AUGAAGCUUUUAACCAAAGAAGAAGAGGCCGCUCACUACACCGAAGUCGUCAAAGGUGGCACCGUCGGUGGUGUAGCCGGUCUCGCGGUCGGUGUCGCAGGUGUCCUACUUGCCUCUCGCCGAUUCCACACAAUCCGUACCCUCACAACCCCCAUGAAGGCAUUCCUGGUGACCUCGACCGGUACAUUCGGUGGUAUCAUCGCCGCCGACCACGCCUCACGCAGCUUCGAACUCGAACACAACGCCGUUGGCAAAUGGUACGAGAAUCGCGAGGAGCGCAUCCGCGCUGAACAGAAUGCGGGUCUCUCCCUCUCCGACCGCAUCACUGCCUUCGCCCGCCGCGAAAAGUACAAGAUCGUCAGCGCCACCUGGAUCGCCUCCAUGGUCGGUUCGUUCGUCCUUGUCGGUCGCAACCCCUACCUCAGUGGCCAGCAGAAGCUUGUCCAGGCCCGUGUCUACGCCCAGGGUCUUACUCUCGGUGUGCUGUGUGCUUCUGCCGCUUUCGAGAUCUCGGACCAACGCCGUGGUCGCGGCUUGCUUGAUUCCAAGAAGGCAGCUUCUAAGGCAGAGGAUGCGGCUGAGCCUGCGCCUGUACACAAGGAUCGCGAAUCCGAGGGUGACCUCUGGAAGGACAUGGUUGCUGCUGAGGAACAACGCUUGAACAAGAAGCACCAGUCUCUCUACGAGCACCACGCGCAACAGCAGCAGGCUGCUGAGGCCGAGAAGAGCGAGGAUGACAAGACCGAAGAGUCCGAGUCCGAGGAUGACAAGAAGGACUCGAAGUCUGAGAAGAAGGAUGCCAAGUCUGAUAACAAGAAGAAGGCUUGA